AUGGCCGUUCUAGGCCAGAAUAAGACUUACUAUCUUCAAUCAACAACCGGCGAAUAUCUCAGUUACCUCGUGGUCAGUGAGGGAAUCGAAGCCAGCUACCUAGAAGCAAACAAGAGCGAGGCCUAUCCAGCGUAUAUUGACAGCAGUGGUCAUCUCACAUUGAAGAAAUCUUCCUCAACAUCCACAGUUACGCUAUCGGAUGAGAUUGAUGGACAAGACAACUUAUACGGUGUGCUCCUCAACUUUGGGACAGCCACAACAGGCUUCGCAUUCGCUAGCAACGGUACUCUGACUGUUAGCCAGAGCAAUUUCAAGGGGUUCUUUGCUUGCGAUAAUGGUGACUAUGGGAAGCAACUAUUCUGGUCUGCCAGCGCCAUCAGUGCUCCGGCCAGUUGCGAAGGCGUCACCUUUGCCCGGGUGUCCACCUGA